CUGUCCAGUACAAGAGGCAUUUGUUUUACCAUGGUAAGAGUAUACCGAUUGUUCUGGAGACCUCAAAGAGGGCCUCCCAUAAUAUUUCAAACCAUAUCCUCAAAAUCCUCCUCGAAGAAGUGGUUGGGUAUGAAAAAGUUGAGAUUCGGACAAAGGACUCGAUGAAUGCAACAAAGAUCAUGAACAGGAUCUCGGGCUGUCCGGAAACUGGAUGUUUGGAGACAACUAUACAAACUCGCCCUGAGACCAUGGUCAAUACAGAAGUUUGGAUGAUGGCUGGCUUUAGCCGGGUACCGUGGACAAGUCGGGGAAAUGUCAUAGAUCUAGGGCCACUCGGUCCAUUUGGGAGACUGGGCUGGUUCAUGCCAUCAAGCACUGUUGACAGACUGUGGAAGGACAAUAUCAUCGCAGACCACUGGAGGGCGCUCAAUCUUCCAGCUGUGAUUCGCAACUUUACACUAGCAGAACAGAUUGAUCGAAUCAAGAAUUUAACACACACAGGCGACCCAAACCACAAGUAUUAUUGUAACAGUGGAGAUUGUGUGGAAGGAAUCUAUUACGGCCCGAAAUGUAGCCCGACUAAUAUGUAUACAUGUGCUACCCUGCUCUCAAGUUAUCCAGACAUGGAUAUGGGUGCAUUAAAGGCACAGAUACGAAAUCUCAGCCUCCCUGUUAAUAUUGCAUGGAUAGGACCUCAUCUGCGAUCUUUUGUUUAUGAUCGUGUUAGUAACAACCUCCCUGUACUUUUCUUCAGCUGGGAUCCCAACAUUUUAACAGCUGGAAAACUUUUUACCAGGAUUAAAUUCCCACUCUGUCAGGAUGAUCUAACACAGUUACCCAUGGAUUGUGACUUUGGUUUGAAUCAGUUCACAAAGAUAGUGUGGUCAAAGUUAAAGACAAGUAUCCCAGAAGCCUACCAUGUUAUAUCAAAGUUAAAGUUUCAUCAAGAUGAAUAUAUAAGAUUAUUACAAAUGUUCCGAGGCUAUUCGUAUGUUGAUGAAAUUGCCUGUGCUUGGAUACAAAAUCAUGAGAAGGUUUGGAAGACAUGGUUGCCAGAUAAUUUGUCCAAUAAAACCAGAAUCUUUCUAGGUGGACUGUUUCCUAUCACUGGACAGUACUGGAUGGAGCCAGGUCUUGUUCAAGGUGGUGAGUUAGCCCUCGACUUGAUCAACCAGGAUCCCAGUAUAUUACCUGAGCACCAGUUAGAACUGGUUGUUAGUAACAGUGAAUGUCUACCUGAUGUCUCCAUGAAGGCUUUCAUCAAAUAUAUCACAAAUGCUUCCAUGCCUAUAGCUGGCAUUCUAGGUCCAGGAUGUUCUGAUGAAGCCGGGCCCAUUGCAGCUUUAUCACACAUUUCAACUGGGGUAAAAAUUUAUGGAGCAAAACUUCAUCUUGUCAGAUGGGAAAAAAUACCUUUUUCUACGGGACCUUCCACAGUAUAUCAUAAAUUUGUGUAUGAAAGCUUUUUUAAAGCUAUGAACUGGAAACAGAUUGGUGCUAUUUCUGAGGGUGGUCACGAGUUCCCAAACUAUCAUCUCCUACUUCAAGAGCACCUACAGCAUUCUGGGAUAUCUGUGGUUGUUAAACGUAGGCUUGUACGAAACUUUAGUCUGAAUGAGCUUGAUGUGUCACAGAUAUUUGCUGAUCUACGUGCCCAGAAUGUUCGCGUUAUCAUUGCAGAUGUGUUUGUGUUUGCAGCAAGAGCAGUCAUGUGUGAAGCUUGGAGACAGAGAAUGACAGCCCAUGAAGGCUAUGUUUGGUUUUUACCAUCCUGGUAUGCCAAGCAUUGGUGGGAUGUUGAUUACUACAACAGUCCUCCGAGCACGGGUGAUAAUCGUCCCCAGGAACAUAUUCCAUGUACAACAGAAAAUAUGGAGUAUGCUGUAGACGGGCACUUUAUACUGCAGAAGACCUUCUCUGACCCUGACAGCACGCCUGUCGUGGGAGGGAUUACCAUUGGACAGUAUAAAGAACUGUAUAAGUUCAGAGUAGGGAGAGCUGACUUUGAUGAAACACCAUUUGCAUCAUUUGUGUAUGAUGCUGUUUGGACGUAUGCUAAGGCACUGGACAGACUCCUGAGAAGGAGUCCUGGGGCCCUGGAAGAUAUCCAUUCAAAUGAAAAUACAAAUAUAUUUGUGGACGAGAUAAAUAAAACAAAUUUCCAAGGUGUGUCAGGUCAUAUCCAUUUUAAUGGGGGAGACAGGCCAGGAACCAUUUCUAUUGUGCAAUAUUUUCUUAACGAAACUCGCCUGAUUGGUCGUUAUGAGCCGGGCCCAGACAACCAGAAAGGUACACUGGAGAUAAAGGGUUCAAGUCUAAGAUGGCUGACUGUAAAUGGAAUGAAACCUACUGAUGGAAAUCCAGAGGAGGAGCACUGUGUAAUAGAAGGUUUCCGUGUAUUGUUCAACAUAACGUGUGAACUUGCUAUAGUUAUAGCUAAUGUGAUGGCGUUUGGUACCUUUGUUAUCAUUCUUAUAUGUGUUCUCAUCUUCUUCAAAGUCAGGUAUGACAAAAAGGUGAAGGCAACACAUCAACGUAUGCGAGAGCUUGGAUUAUUGACCAAUGACUUUUCACAAUGUUUCUCAUUGGAUGAAUGGGAAAUUCCACGGGAAAAGGUCGUGUUGAAUCGUAAGUUGGGUGAAGGAGCAUUUGGAACAGUUUAUGGUGGGGAGGCCCAAAUUGAUGACGAAGGAUGGGUGGCUGUUGCUGUGAAGACGCUCAAAGUUGGAUCAACAGUUCAAGAAAAGGUUGAUUUUUUAAGCGAGGCAGAGUUAAUGAAAAGAUUCAGCCACCAGAAUAUUGUAGCAUUACAUGGUGUAUGUACACGUGAAGAGCCUGCAUAUUUUAUAAUGGAGUUUUUACUACAUGGUGACUUAAAAACCUACCUCUUGUCUAGACGUAACAUGGUUGGCUCUCUAGCGAAGGAGGCUGAGGACGUCAAUGCACAUAAGUUGACACAGAUGGCCGUAGAUGUGGCUCUAGGGCUCCGAUAUCUUCAUGAUCUCAAAUUUGUCCAUAGGGAUCUGGCAUGUAGAAAUUGUCUAGUGAAUUCCAAUGGUAUGGUGAAAAUUGGAGACUUUGGUAUGACAAGACCAGUCUGUGAUACUGAUUAUUAUAGAUUUAAUAAAAAAG